GCUAAUACAGACUUGGCAACAGAAUUGAUCGUAUGGGUCCCUUUGUUUGGGAUGGCGAUAUGGAUGGCUUUGGAUGAUAAGGAAUGUUAGGUUUAGUGUCACAUGUAAAUCUGAUGGAUGCUCUUAUCCAUCCUCAUCGUCAAGUCAACAGUCUGAACUUUUUUUCUAUUAUUCGACCAAGUAGCUCUCUGAAUGAUUCUUCCGAGUCGGAUGCAAUAAUUGAAGAUACUCCAGACUCUCCAGUAGAAACUACCGACUACUCAAGCAAAGCCCCCGAUGUUGGUCAGACAGUGACAAUAAAUCAUGACGGUUCUGAGAUAUCUGUGUGCGACACUCAGAGAUUGAACAAACAAGUUUUUUUCUCAUACCACGAUGAAUCUGACCCCGAUGAAUACCCUUUUCAUGCUGUAACUUAUGGUGAAUCAGAAGGCUGUUGGGGACUUCCCUACAACGAUCACAAUUAUGCAUCCUACGAACCAAAUCCAGAUCACAAUAGACCUGUUGAGCCUGAUGAUCGUUUGUCUCUUUUAGCAAAGUUAGCAUUAGCAAAGGAUGACGAUGCUAAGGAUUCGGAAGAGACGACGUCCAGGACACUCCAGUCUACACUUCAGACCAACUGGGUUCUUGAAGAAAGUUCCACGGUCUCAACAACUAAGUCUGUGAGUUUGGUUGAACCAAGCGCACUGUGCCCAUCAACUAAACGUUCUGUCGUGUGCAAUUCAGGACUAAAUACUCCUAGUAACGGACAAUCCCUGGUCACAACGACUAGUCAUGUUUCUUCCUUGCCUAGUCGAACAAUCUUAAUCUCAACUGCCGGUGGUAAUGCAAAUCCUCCCUUGCAAAUUCAUCGAGUUAGUUCAUCCCUCACUCCACAUGUUAUCUUGCGAACUGGUUUGCCUGGUCUUCAAAUUUCUACUACUGCUCCACGUCAAGUUUCUACAGAUAGUAUGGAUUCUGUUCGUUGCGUUUGCGGAAAUACGAAUUUGGAUGGUUAUCUCGUUCAGUGUAAUCAGUGCAGAAUUUGGCACCACAGUGAAUGUAUUUCAUCUGCUAGUAAAAGUCACCUGUCAACACCAUAUGUUUGUGAAAUAUGCCAGACACAGUCUAAAGCUAUCGCUACUCAACGGCCUCAUUUGACUGCGUUUAAUAGCGUUGGAUCAGCUACAACUCCUAACAUCCGGAUUUCCCGUGCUCCCAUAGGGACAAAUACAUCUUCAGGACGCGUUUUCUUAACAAAUACGUUCGGAGGUGUGACUCAUCGACAAGUUCACGUGUGUAUCCCAGCAAAUCAAGGGAUGUCUAAUGUUCAAUGUGAAAAUGGCUCUGCUGCAGCUCUCCCUCCGAACUAUGGCUCAUGUGGACGAUCUGUGAGAAGCUCUAAAAGAAAACAAGAUCUGCUAACACUCACUGGUGGAUCAUCCUCCGCAAAUGCAGGCAUUGAGGGCUUUUCAAGCUCACUUCCGGUGUUGGAUGACUAUGAUGACUUGUCAAACAUGCGACCAUCUUAUGCCACUGAUUUAAAGAGCUGCUUCAUGGAGGGUUCAUUGAACGUAUGCCAAACACAAGGAAGUCAUCCAAUCCAUGUGUCCGAUAAAGUGCAAAUUCGUCAUAGCAGCAUUGUACAUCGUUUAAUUACAGAUUGCCCAAAUAAUAAGGUACAAAAUGCAUCUACUCAGGUAAAUGAAGUGUGCCAUACCUCCCCUCCUUGUUCAGCACCUGACUCUGUACUAUCUCCUCUAUCAGAUAUCUAUGAAGAAGCCCAGACUCUACAUCUUUCAAGCCGUGUUUGCAAAAAACUCAGUUUAAUGUUUCCUCUGCUUACUGGCAUAGGAGCAGACUGUGGCGACAUAGAUGGUAUUUUUAACGAAGAAAUUCCUUCUGAUCUCGAGCGUUUGUUCCGUUAUCAGGUUGUUAGUUUCGACUUCAACCGCAGGGGCCUAAUAGCAAAUGAAGACAUUUGUCCUCGUACGCCGAUUAUUGAGUACCGUGGUAAUUGUUUGUUACUCAGUGAAUACAACGAUAUGUACGACUACCGCAAACAUUACAAUCCGUUUGUACUGUUUUACAAAUCUUUCCCGAAGUUACCUCUCUGUGUUGAUGCUCGCAAGUAUGGCAAUGAAGCACGCUUCAUCCGUCGAUCAUGUACACCUAACUCUGAGGUCCGCCACUGCAUUUCCUUUUCAGAUGAUCAACAUAAUGGACCCGUUCCUCAUCUUCGUCUCAUCGUUGUUGCAUCACGGGUUAUUCCAAAGUCAUCUGAAAUAACUCUACCUUUUGAUUUUGACUAUACAGCUUGUCGGUAUCUUGUUAAGUGUGCAUGUGUUCUUAAAGGUUGUCCGAUUACCCGUUGGUUCCAAAGAAUGAAUCAGUUGAGCAACCCUUUGCGAAGUUCAACUCGCCAUUCGUUGGUAUGCACUCGCAAAUUACCACAUUCACCCCACUCAUAUGGAGUCAACGGUCAUUCUCGUGGUCUUAGUCUGUUACAAAGCUCCCAGUCUCAUUACGAUGACAAGGAUCCUUCCGAUGAACAGUCAGUUUUUUGUCCUAAAUCUUCCGUAAACACCAAUUUGAGAAACCUCCCUGUUAAUCGAACAGGCCGUUACCUUCCGAGUCCUAUUUCGAAUGAGAGAACUUCAGGAUCACAUCAAAUAGGAUCUAACCGAACCACUCGUGGCUACUUGAAUAAAUCAGGCAUUUCAUGUGGAGUUCGUAAAGCUAUUCAUCGGAGAGGCCGUGGACGGGGGCGAUUAAGAAGUUCUAGUUCUCUUGGAGUGCGUAGCAAACGUGGAACGGAGCGACUGUCUUCCAGAAUAGUGUACCUUAGGAAGUCCAAUUCGAAAUCCUUGACAACUGCCAGAAAACGUCGUUCACAACGUAAUUUCUAUUCUCACAGUGGUCAACAUCCAGUGUCAUCAUCUAGUGAUAGUAUUGUAAAUGUAGUGAAGAAAAGAGACUUGCAUAACUUUUCUGGUAAAAGCAGUUGCUCUUACGAAAUAGAAUGUUUAGAUAGAUUACAAUCGGUUCCUGUUAAAGCAAAUGACUCUCCACAAAAGUCAUUCGACAGAGACAAUCAAGAAGUCCUUGAUAACACAGAUAUCGGCUGUAAAUCGAAUAAUGAAUUAUUGGGAGAGGAUUUAGAUGCUGACACUGAACCGGAAUAUGACGUACAACCAGAAAAGUUAACAGAUAGAUCAGUAGGCCGAAAAUAUGUACAGCCUAACUCCCGUCAGGACCGUCUUAAUUCCAAAGGAACAAAAGAGUCUUAUACCUCAAAUAAUUCUCCUAGACAAUCUGAUUUAGACUAUGUAAAAGCUGAAAUGCACGAAAGUCAUAUUUCUAAGCGCAAAUCUGUUGAUUCGUCAUCACUUGUUGACCGUGGAAAACGGCGUUCACAGAUAAGUACACUCGAUGAUCAUUUUUCUAAAUCACGUAAAAGAAGUACUUCAAUUGAACAAAAAGUAGACAAGAAAUCAAAGGAAGAUGUAUGGAUGGCAGAAGUGUUACGUCGUAUAGAGCGUAUGGAAAAAAAACGAUUAAAGCAACGCGUGUCUUCGAUCAGUUUAAAAAGUAGUCAAAACGCUGAUUGCACUAAAAAUGACCCGAACCUGUUUUCUCCCACUGAAAAAUCUCCGGAACCUGACUCAAUAUCAGACAAUAACGAUGUCAAGUCAACAGGUGGUGCAAUGGAGCCUGGAGGAAGUUCUGAUAUUAACUCAAAAGCAUUAGAAUGUGAUAAGGAUAAUAAAAAUGUUAUCACCAAUGAGACCUACUUGAAUGAUUUAGAACCUACAAACGUUUUCGAAAAGCCUGAGUUGUUUGAUUGUGAAUCAAAUCAUUGUUCUGGUUUAUCACAAAAUAUCAAACAUGAUAAAAGUAUAUCUCCGUCCAAAGCUUGUAAUCAAAAUAUUUCAGAAGAAAGCGACACAGGUUUUCAAAGAAAGCAGUUAAAACAAUUCACUGGGUCCAAGUUUACGUACCAAAAGCACUGUUCUGUCGGUCACAAACAGAGACGCCGGCGUUCCCAAGCAGCCAUGUUGUCUGAUAGCUUGUCAUCCGUUGAUCAAGGUGGUUCACGAGAAGACCGUUGGCUUCAAAUGCAACUUCGACGUAUCGCUGAAUUAAGUGAUCAUCAGGAGGUAUCACAACUCUCUUCAGACAUGGAGAAUAUAUCUGAUAAGAGUCACAUGUCAUCGGGUAAUCGUAUUAAAGAUGGAUCAAAUAUGAGAGUUACACUCUUUGAAGCGUUGGGUGUUAAAAGUGAAUCACCAAAAAAUGAUCAUAACCCAAACAUUUGUCUUCAGCAUUUACCACCCAAUUUGUCUAAAUUCAAUAUCACAUCUGGUUGCGAUACAACAGUUUUUACGGGUGGUAAUGAAUCAUCUAAUCAGAUCAGUAGUAAUCAACAAGCUCUCGAUUCUGAAGCGGAUUGUGGUUUUAUAGUUUAUAGAACUCGCGAAAAAGAUCCAAUGGCUAAAUUUAGCAGAACUCGUUCACUUGAUAUGCAUUCCUUGUUCCCAACAAUUCAUGAUGAAAUAUCUGAAAAAACAGUAGCUGACACACGACAAGAUGUUUAUACAUCUGUUGACGAUAUGUCAACAUCUUGUUUAACACAACCAUUUAUGCAUCAAACUCCUAGACCUACAAAGAAACGGUGGUUAUCUCGGGUAAGUUAAUCUAAGUUUUCAAGGAAAUCUUCUGUGUACUAGUCUUAUUGCUAAAUUUUGAAUGUCUUGAAAAUAAAGUCACGCCUAUUAAUUUAGUCAGUCUUUUUAUCCUCAGUUGUAACUUGCUUUUAAGUUUUAGGUAAGGGAACAAAUGGGAUGUGGUCAUCAUUCGGUUUCAGUUUGUUGUUAAAAAAGGCUGAAACGAUCUUGAUCUUGGUUUUGAUUUUCUUUAAAUGUUAUAUUUUUAAACCAUAAUAGUCUGUCCAAGUCAUUGCAUCAUUUCAAUAUUCAUACUACUAACCUUGGUGAAAGCCAGCUUGGCUUUUGCGAUUAUCGAUGAGAUAUUGGGUUGGUUUCUUUCAAAUAAAAGAAGGGGCUUGAAAAUCUGAAGGUUAAAAGUAACACUCAGUGGCUUUGUGAAUUUUCACUGUGGACGUUAACAUCUAAAAAUGUAAACGUCACACUACGGAACUGGAAAAGUGUUUGCUAAGAGUUGUGUGCGACUGAUCGCAGGCGGUUGUUCUCCAGGCUUCUCACUUGAAUUUUCUAAGUGCCGGUCAUCCACAUUUUCAGUAAUAUCGGAGUUAAUCAUUAUCCUGUGGUCAAAUCAUUAGCUUCUUCUGCAUAAAUAAUGUGUGCCAACAUUAUGAGGAUACUUGUUGUCUCAAGUAUAUUGUCCCAAAUCGGAUCUUGUCAGUCCAAACUUCGUUUUGUUAUGUCGUAAUGAAUUAACUAUUCGCAUGAAAUCUUUCUUUGACAUGUACUACACAGACUACAUAUUUGUUUAGUAAAGGCACUAAAAAUAUUUUAUAAACACUUUUAGAGAUAAUGGGUUAUAUUAAUCAGUGUGUUAGUGACUGAAGAGGCUCGACAGAUAUAUGAAAAGCCAAUUUGGCUGCGAACUAUACUUGGGGUUUAAUAUUUUAUAAUCUAUUAUCCGCUUAAAUCCUAGUAGAUGGAGCUAAUCUAAUUGAUGGAAACCAAAAACCAGAGACACUGAGCGACAGUUUCAUUAGUGGAAAAAACAUGAGCUAAUAAGGGAAUUAAUAUUUUUGAAAAAGCUUUCUUAUCCAAUCACAUUUUCGAUUUCUUUUCUACUGUUUUAGGCUCUAAUGGAAGAAGAUGUAGAGUCAUCCCAUAAUAAUUUUUCAAACUGUCCCCACUCAAUUAAUCAUUCACUAUCCACUAAAUCCGAUUCUUCUUUGGUCAUACAGAAUUCAUGUGCUACGCCAGUUAAUCCGAAAAAGAGAAUUAUCUCCCGACUUUCCGGGAUCUCUGAAGACUUACCUAUUUGUACGUAUUUCGAAAGCGAUGAUAAUCUCAAGAAAGAAAGUGUCACAAUUUUGUCUGAUCGUUUAGUAAACAAUCCAAAUGAUGAACAAGUGGUUUGCAAUCCAGAUUGUAAAGUUAUUUCAGAGUCACAAGAAGAUACUGAGUUUUGCGAUGCUUUAUCAACUCAUCUGGCUCCUGUAAGUUUCUAUUAUGAGGCUAGUUGUGUAGAACAAGGAAAAUUAUUACACCAUACAAAAUUACCGAUGAUAAAAUAAGUGUUUCGUCAGAGGUAUACACUUAUAUUAAUAUUCUGUAUCUUAGGACUAUUUCUUUGAGUUUUUCAGGUGCUCACAGUUUGUCCAGGGCAUAUAGCCAUUGGUAAAAUAAUUUAUACUUGAUUAACCCCAUUUUUACUACGUUAUAGCGAUUUUCACUUUGAAGGUCUAAGAGUAAUCGGUCUGCGCAUGUAUUUGUUUGUUUCUGGAUUUGAAGAGUGUGAAACCUAACGUGUAUACAUUUUUCUCAUUACUUAACAUACAUUACAAAUUUAUGUGAUACAACAACUUUUGAUGAAAAUUGACUCCAUUGUCCCACUGCUGAAAAAUUCAACUAUAUCUUAGUCAAGAAACAGUCGUUAUACUUUAUUUAGUUAGUCGCUGUUAUAUGUCUCGUUAAAUAUAAUCUCAGUUAACUCAGUUCUCCCUGAUUUAAAAAGAAACAGUAGAGGUAACAUGCUUGCUGAAGUUUGUUACCGAAACAAAAUUUACAAAAAAACGUAUUGCGUGUCGGUUCGUAGGGACAGUAGUUGUGUGUAUUUUUAUCAAAUCUCAGUCACAGAAAAAAAAUUUUUUCAUUGGAACUAGCGAACAUUGAGGCAAAGUCUAAAGAAUUCUACAACUUUGAAAUAAAUUCACUAUUUCGUCUAUGUUUAAUUCCUUGGAUUUUUAAUACAUUUCUCUUACUUUCGUAGCUUCCUCCGAAGAAAGCUACAGUGAAGCAACAAGCUGAAGAGUUGCGAUUGCAAGAGAUACGUAAAGUUCGUGUUUCUCUCUCUGAAUAUCGUCGACGUCGUGGUCUGCCAGCCCUCACACCCUCUGCGGAACGAAAUCAUAAGCAGAUGAAAGAGCCACUUGAUCAAUCAAACGGUAAUAUUGAUAAUUUAGAAAUUAUAAUCCCACCAACUCUGAUUAGUCCUGAUCGAUUACUAACAACACUCCCAAAUCUUCACAAUGAGUCAAAGCUGUCCUCUGACGUAAAAUGUUCUGACGGGUUACUGCAAAAAAUUACAUCAUUGAACACAAAACCUGAAGUUCUUCAUGAUUUCAAUCAACCCCUAUCACCUUACACAAAUACACCAAAAAGAUGUGAAUUCGAUGGCGAACGUGAUUUUAUUGAUGCAAAAGUAAAUGAACGUGGACCUCGAACGCCAAGCGAACCACCAGAUGAUGAUGAAGAUAUUGGGGUCGAUUCUAUAAAUCCUGUUAGUAGAGGUGCUCUUAGUAGUUCUCCUGAACCGUUCAUAAGAUUUCCUGGUAAAGUGCUUUCCUCUCACAGCUCACCAACAUCUGCGUUCUCAGACUCUCGUAUAGCCUCAGAAAAGUUACCUUUCAGGAACAGUUCUCCUCCAGAUGUAAAUUCUAGAAAAUUUUCUGAUUCUUGUUUUCGAGAUAACAUGUUUACUUCUUCAAAACCAAUUAAUCGUGAGAAUCUUUUACAUGACAUCGAUCAUACUAAGGAGUGCGAUCAAGUUCGUAUUGGUUCCGAAGUUGUAGACCAAAAACCUUCAGUUAAUAUACCAGUUUCUACUAAAGAGAUACAUUUUGAUAGACUGGCUCAUUACUAUAAGAAAACAUUUAACUUAGAUGAUUCUCAACAUCUCUAUGGUUUGGUGAUUUCCACAGGCACUCCACCGCCACCACCACCUCCUCCUAUCCCUUCAUUCUCCGGACAUCCAGUGUCUUCAAACAGUCCGGUUGCUCCAUCGUAUGAUAUCGAGGAGAAUCCAGAAGAUAACCCAACUCAUCUAUCUGGGUCAUUGGAAUACUUCAUACAACGCGAUAACGAAAUACGUGUGUGGCAAGAAACGCGAUCUUAUGAACGAGAAAAACGUAACACUUCUCCGUGGCAUCACCGAGUUUCCAGUCAGCCUUACUUAAAUACAAAGAAGUUUUCUUGUACAAUCUCUAAACAUCCCUCAAAGUAUUCUAAAAAUAAUGAAGGCUUUUUCUUUUAUCCUGACGUCGUUACUGGUCAUUUCGACAAUGUCGAACAAACCCUUCUGCGCAUCAGAGAUAGCCUGCAAGCCCAAUUAGAUCUAACUAAAGUGGGUUGUGCUUCACAAAAAAUGAACUCAAACAACGAUCGCUCAUCGACAAACAAUAACGGGGCAGUAUGUUGAUUUUAAUAUAAAGCAGAUUAUCUAACUAUUUGAUACUCCAAUGUAUACAUUAUACACGGAUUACUUACAAUCUUUUCUAAUAUUAAAUCCAAUCAUUUUCAGUUUAUGAUGGUUUCUUUUUGUGACCUCAGUUCUCAUACUGUCUUAUUCUCGUUCAAUAAUCUCAGAGUUCUAUAUUCUCAAACUCAGUUCAUCAAAGCAUUUUUGUACAGAUUCUUAUUUUGAUACAUUAAGUUUAUCUCAACCAAUGUCAUAUUUUUCAUCUUAAGUAACAUUUAAAAUUUUUUAAAUAACCUACGAACAUACUAUGUUAUCAGCUGGUUAUCAAGCCUUCCCCAGAGACUUCACCUAAAUUGUUAUCGAUUCGUGUAUGUAUAUUGCUUGUGUAUUUUCUAUUCUUUUAUCAACAUACCUCAUUAUUUUGGUGCUCCAGUGGAUUGCCGGUUUUUCAAAUGUACAAUAAUAUCCGGUAUUCAGUUUUUAUUGGACAACAGUCCACUUAACACUUUUUAGCUGUACAACGAAUUGUUUCCUGAUGAGUAUAUGUGAAAUUAUAUUCAUAUAAACGCCAAUCCUCUAUUGGUGUGAACUGCUGUUCAAAAUUUUAAUAAAUCAGUCAUCUCAUAUUCAUUACUAUGUUUAAUUUCUUUAACCUUAUGCAUUUCAUAUUAAUAUUCCAAAACUAUUGAUCCCGGUCGUCUUGUCAUCACUUUCAAAUUACAUGUAAAAUUACUGCAGGCAGUUUCAGUAUGCCUAAACGACUUUGUUUCAAUUUAAAAUCUUGUAAAUCUUUGACUUUUUCAUAUGAAUGUUUUAAUCAUUUUAAUCUGAUUUGCGUUCGUUUAAAUGAACAUUUAUCUUGUGUAUGUUGUAUAAAUGAAGUAUUAUUUGUUUAUUGUACAAGUAAUGGGUGUUGUACAUGUGUUUGAUCGUAUUUCCUGCCUUCGUCCGUAAUCUGGUUCGUCAUUGUUUCUUUUGAUUUCACUUGUUAAGGCAGCGGCUUCUUGUUCUUAUUUCCUCUCAUUUUUUUCAUGCUGAUAUAUUUCUUCACAUAUAUAGGAACUGCUUGAUCUAAUAAAAUGCCGAUAAUAUACAUGUGUGUGAUUUG